AUGGUAUAUAACGCUAAUAAUUCGGUUACACAAAUGUCUAACAAAUUUGAAACAUUAAAACACCAUGUGGAUAAUUCAGAUAGUGGAAGCGGAGAUGAGGAAACAGGUCCAAAUAUUACGGACUUGGGACCAAUUGACUAUCCUCCAGGUGAACAUAGAUUGCAACAUCCAUAUUGUCUUUGGUUUUCAAAACGGCCUUCACAGAUACAGGGUUCCCAGGGAUAUAGUCAAGCUUUGAGGUUGGUGGGACAGGUGGGUACAGUAGAGCAGUGGUGGGCCUUGUAUUCCCACAUGGUCAGAUUACAAGAUGUGCCAGCACACAGAGACAUACAUCUUUUCAAAAAAGGUAUUAAACCAAUGUGGGAGGAUGCAGCUAAUAAAAAAGGAGGAAAAUGGGUCAUACGUUUAAGAAAAGAACAAGCAGGUCGAGCUUGGGAAAAUUUGUGUAUGGCUAUGUUAGGGGAACAGUUUAUGGCAGGUAAUGAAAUAUGUGGGGUAGUAGUUUCAACAAGGUACCAAGAAUAUCUAUUAAGUAUUUGGAACAGGACAGCAUCAGAUCAAGCAACUACAGCAAGAAUUAGAGAUGCAUUAAAACGACUCUUAAAUAUACCACCAAGUGCCACAAUGGAGUACAAAACACACAAUGAUUGCCUUAAAUAUGGGGCUGCAAAAAUAAUACCAAAUAAUUUAUUAAAAAGUUGA